ACCACCGAAAAGAGGAAAAAAAAUGAAAAAAAAAGGAAAAAAAAACAUCGAGAGAGAGAGGUGAGACUCCUCGAAUCCUCGACUCGAGCUCGAGCUCCAACUCGGAGGGGGGAGAGAUCUCCGGCCGCCGGGGCGGCGGGUAGCGGGCGCCGGAGAUGGCGGGGGAGGACGACGCGCUGUACGAGAUCCGCCGCCUCGCGUCGGGAUCCCACGAAAUCCCCCGUGAAGGAGAAGGCACUGGGACAAGUGGUGGUGCAGGAGUGCUCUCCUAUCUCUCUUUGCAGGGUGUAAGCAGGCUCAGGGAGAGGUGGAGUAGGAACAGCACACUGGGUUGGAGCAAGAAGAGCAGGAGAAGUGCAGCGGCGUCUUUGUUCGUUUCACGGAACGCGGAGUAUGUGGGGGUAGCUGUUGGGAAUCACAUCGCCGUCUUGCGGAAGGGUGAUGGCUAUGCUUCACCUUUCAGCGUAUAUAUGAAUAAUGACAGGAUGGCUUUUUUUACAAACGGGGCUUGGCUGGAGGCUCAAGGCAUUUUAGGUGUGGUGGAUGACUUAAACACACUUCAUUUUAUAAAAGAAAAUGGAGAGGCAUUAACAAGGAGAACAAGCAGUCAGUUGAAGCUGUCUUAUCCUAUUGUUGAUAUAGUUGUGCAUGAUGGCUCAAGCUCGCAGAGGCCGGGUUUCUACAUUUUCACAAGUGAUGGGAUGGUUCAUAAAUUUGAUUACACACAAGAUCAUGAAGCAAAUCUGCAAAAGGUUGCCAUGUUAAUUCAAGAUGUGGUAUCAACUAAGACUCCUCAAUUGCCACAUAGUGUAUCAUGUGUUGAUUAUCACCAAAAUCAUUCGUUAAUGGUCUUAGUUGGGAAUCCAAAUGCUAUUUUAGGCUCCAAUGGCUCCUCUGGAGCUUGUUUUCUCUAUGUAUUGCACUUCAAUGGAAAUCUGGAAUUUAGUCUUUCGUGUCCAAGUCUGCAGUUCGAAGGGACAUUUUUUCCUCCUAAGGACCAAGCAACUUUUGUUUCAUCUGGCAAAGUCAGAAUCUCACCUCAGAGCAAGCAUAUUGCUACAUUGGAUUUGAAUGGUUCUGUCAGCAUCUUUGUACUUGCUAAUGACAAACACUCUGCUUCACUUCAUCCUCCAUUGAAUGGUACACAACUGAUUGAUGUGAAGGAUAUCAGUUGGUGGACAGAUAAUAUUCUGAUGUUGGUAAAGGAAAAGGGUAACAUUAGCAUGUACAGCAUCAGUGGAAACAGGAUAGUUUCAGAUGAUGACAAUGUUCUAUCUACACCGCAACUGGAAAAGGCAAGAGCUGUUGAAGGAUACACUUUUGUUUUGCAAUCAAGUAGGUAUGAAGGAAACACUACAUUUGAAAAGGAGAUGGAUUGUGACUCUAAGCCUAACCUACAUAAUGUUUCUAGAAGCAAUCAGUGUUCUGAGAUGGAUAAAAUAUUUUGGAGGCUGAUAUCAUUCUCCAAAAUUACAGUCCAAGAAAUGUACUCUGUUUUCAUCAGAGAGAGUCGAUACAAAGAGGCUUUGGAUUUUGCCUGCCAGUAUAAUUUAGAUAAGGAUGAAGUACUUAAAGCACAGUGGUUGCGCUCUGAUGGAGAUAUUCAUGAUAUAGAGUCAUACUUAGCAAACAUUAAAGACCAAAUAUUUGUAUUGUCACAAUGUAUAAACAAAGUUGGACCAACAGAGAAUGCUCUGAAAGCUCUACUGUCUUUUGGCCUUCGUAUAACAGACCAUUUCAAGUUUUCAGAUGAUAGCAUUGAUGGCUCAGCAUGGCACUGUCGCAUCAUUAGGCUUCGUUUGUUGCGGUACAUUGACUUGCUGGAGACAUUCUUGGGAAUUAAUAUGGGAAGGUUUGCAGCUGUAGAAUAUAAAAAAUUCCGUUUGGUGCCUCUUGUGGAAACUGCUAUUGCUCUGGCUGAAAGUGGCAAAAUCGGUGCCCUUAAUCUUCUCUUCAAGCGUCAUCCAUACACUAUGUCUUCUGACAUUUUACAUAUUUUAUCUGCAAUCCCAGAAACUGUUUCUGUUCAGAGUUAUAGUCAGUUGCUACCUGGGAAAUCUCCUCCUAGUGUUGUUAUACUAAGAGAUGGUGACUGGGUUGAGUGCGAACAGAUGGCAUCAUACAUAAACACUUGUCCUGGUCAGUUGGACAAGAGUUCAGAGAUCAAGACUGAAAUGCUUUUAAAGCACUCUUCUGGCUUUUCAUGGCCAUCAAUUGCUGAACUUUGUGAGUGGUACAGGAACAGAGCAAGGGAUAUUGACUGCUUAAGUGGACAGCUGGAAAACUGUCUCGCCAUCAUAGAGCUUGGAUGUCAAAAGGGCAUUGUAGAGUUGGAGCCAUUUUUUGAUGAUAUUGUAUGUCUUUACCAAGUUGUAUAUUCUGAUGAGUUAAGUGAGUUUGUAAUGAACCUUGCAACGUGGGUAGAUCUUCCUAACUAUGAGAAGUUCAAAAUCAUUCUUAAAGGAGCCAAAGAAGGAACAGUUGUUCAACGACUAGAAGAAAAAGCAAUCCCUUUUAUGAAAAAGAAAUCACACUCAAGCUCUUUGAGUAAUGAAGUACCAGGAGAAUCUUACCUGGUUAGAUGGCUCAAAGAGAUUGCUUCUCAAAGUGAGCUCCCCAUUUGCUUGGCUGUAUUUGAAAAUGGUUGCGGAGAGUCACCAAUUCAUGGGCUUUUCAAUGAUAUUGCUGAGAUGAUUGAAACAGCUGUUCACUGCAUUUAUCUAUGCUCUGCAACUAACCAGUGGAAUACCAUGUCAUCAAUUCUAUCAAAGUUGCACCAUAAGAUAAAGCGAGAAAAAUCUCUAUUGGCUAGUGAAGAAGAUUGUAAUUUCAGAGAUGCUAAGCAAGCUCUUGGCACUUCUGUGGUUUCUUUUGAUGACAUGCAACAUGUGUGCACUAGAAUUUUAUCUGGUUUGAGUUCUUCAGGAGAUUCUUAUUCUCAUGAUUCAAGAGACUACCAACUUGAUGAUAUCGAAUCUCUUGAUAUGCUGGAGAAGAAGCUAAAAGUUGCUGAAGGCCAUGUUGAAGUUGGGAGGCUCUUUGCUUAUUAUCAGGUCCCAAAGCCAGUACAAUUUUUCCUAAGUGCACACUUAGAUGAGAAGAAUGUAAAGCAAAUUAUACGGUUGCUCCUGUCAAAAUUUGGUCGACGCCAACCUGUUCGAUCAGACAAUGAGUGGGCAAACAUGUGGCGUGAUCUGAAACACUUCCAAGAAAAGGCAUUUCCUUUUCUUGAUUCAGAAUUUAUGCUGGUAGAAUUUAUUAGAGGGCUUCUAAAAGCUGGCAAGUUCUCACUAGCAAGAAACUAUCUAGGAGGAACAAGUUCAGUUUCUUUGUCCACAGAAAAGGCUGAAAAUCUUGUUGUCCAGGCUGCAAGGGAGUAUUUCUUCUCAGCUUCAACUUUGUCCUGUAAUGAAAUAUGGAAGGCCAGGGAAUGCCUAAACUUGUUACCUAAUAGUAUAAGUGUUCAAGCGGAGACUGAUAUAAUUGAUGCUCUAACUGUCCGACUUCCUUAUCUGGGGGUGACUAUCCUUCCUGUUCAAUUCAGACAGGUUAAAGAUCCUAUGGAGAUCAUCCGAAUGGUUAUUACAAGUCAGACAGGGGCAUAUCUUCACUUUGAAGAGAUUAUUGAUGUCGCAAAACUUUUAGGGUUGAAAAGUGAAGAGGAAAUAGCUGCUGUGGAGGAGGCUAUUGCCAGAGAAGCAGUGGUAAAUGGUGACCUUCAGCUAGCAUUUGAUCUGUGUCUAAAUUUGACUAAAAAGGGUCAUGGUGCAGUGUGGGAUCUAUGUGCAGCAAUUGCUAGGGGUCCUCAGCUUGAUAAUCUGGAUACAAGUACCCGUGGCAAGUUAUUGGGCUUCUCUCUCAGCCAUUGUGACGAAGAAUCUGUUGGUGAAUUAUUGAAUGCUUGGAAAGAGCUCGAUGUGCAUGAUAAAUUUGAGCAAUUAAUGAUUUCAACAGGUACAAAUCCUCCAAAUUUCUCAAUUGAUGGCUCUUCAAUCACACCACUGCCUGUCCAAAGUGUGCAAGACAUACUUGACCUGAGAGGAGACAUUAGCCAUGAUAGUGACAUAGAUCAUGUUGGGAUUGUUAAACAAAUGCUAUCUAAAGUUUGCACAGACUUGUCAAAUGAAGAUGCAUAUAGCUGGGAAUCUACUUUGGCAGAAAACAGGAAACUCUUGUCCUUCUCCACAUUGGAAUUGCCAUGGCUUUUGAAGUUGUCCAAUGAUGAAGAGCAUAAUGGUAAAAAACAAUCUUUGAAGAAUGACCAUCCCAUAAAGAGACAUCAAUUGUCAACCAAAAUUAAAUCAACAAAUUGCAUUAUACAUUGGUUGGCUGUAAAUGGCUUUUCUCCCAAUGAUGAUCUAGUCAUGUCACUUGCAAAGUCUGUAAUAGAGCCGCCUGUUGAUGAAGAGGAUUAUGUUCUUGGCUGUUCCAUUCUCCUGAAUCUCAUGGACCCUUUCAAUGGAGUGAAAAUAAUAGAGGAAGAGCUCAAGAAACAAGAAUGUUUUCAAGAAAUUAGCAGCAUAAUGAAUGUCGGAAUGACAUACAGCUCGCUCAACAGUUUCAAGAAAGAAUGCUCUACUCCUGAGCAAAGAAGAAAUCUGCUGCUAGAGAAAUUCCAUGAGAAAUUUACCUCAAUUGAUUCAGAUGAAUUAGACCAAAUUGAUGAAGCAAAUGCCACAUUCUGGAGAGAGUGGAAAGCAAAGUUAGAGGAGGAGAGACGACUGGCUGAUCAAGCAAGAAUGCUCAAACAAGUGUUACCUGAUAUAGACACAUCUCAAUUCUUGUCUGGUGAUGUCAAUUACAUCAAAAAUGUGGUUUUCUCCUUUAUUGAUUCUGUAAAGCUGGAGAAAAACCAUAUACUAAAGGAAGCAGUAAAAAUAGCUGAGACCUAUGGCUUGCGACGAACUGAGGUGCUUUUACGAUUUCUGGGCUGCACUCUUGUCUCUAACUGUUGGGAUAACAACGAUAUUCUGAGUGAAAUUUCUGAAUUCCGUGAUGACAUUGUCAACUCAGCUAAGGGUGUGAUUGAUAUGAUAUAUUCAGAUGUCUAUCCAGAGAUUGAUGGGUACAAUAAGCAACGUCUCUCUUACAUUUAUGAUAUCCUUUCAGCAUGCCACUCAUAUCUGAAAAGGACAAGUGAUGUCGAGUUGACAUACCCAGAACAUGUCCAUACACAUAAGUUUGAGCCAUUUCAGUAUUAUAAGGUCCUUGCAGAAGAGUGCAAGAAAGUAUCUUUCAUUGAUGGCUUGAACUACAAAAACAUAGCUGGAUUGGAUAAUCUGAACUUCGAGCAUUUUAAUGAAGAGGUAUGCAAGAAUAUCCAUGCCUCAACUGUCAGUGCUCUGGCUGAUAUGGUACAAGUUCUUAUCAGUAUGUAUGUUGAUGUACUAGCCAAGGGACUCAUAUCACAGCAAGGUGUUUACAAGCAUUAUGUCCUUGGUUUGCUGGCAUCUUUAGAAGGUCGCACUGAAGCAUCAAACAGCAUAGACUGUGAAAAGCUGCAUGCAGUCCUUUCUGAAAUUGAGUCGAACUACGAUAGUUGCAAGGAAUACAUCCGAGUUCUUCCAGCUACAGAUAUUUUAUACAUCAUUAGAAGGUAUUGCAUGCUUUGUUUCCCUUGCAACUUAGCAAGAAGCAAUCCACAGGAACCUUCAUGGAAGAAACCUCUGGAUGCAUUGGUAAUACUUUGGAUUAAACUUAUUGAUGACAUACCAGUGGAGUCAAUGGAUGCUUGCCCAUAUGGAAGGGCAGAAUACUUGGGUUCGAUUAGGUUAUCUCACUGCAUGAAGGCUUUCAGACAGCUAUUGGUAGAUGAUAAGAUAACAGUGUGUCAAGGUUCGGAUGCCAUCUCCAUGUAUGUAAAAAUUGGCCUUGGUGAUGGAAUCCCAAUGGAGAUUUCAUAUUUUUGUCGAUCUAUGAUUCUUUCUGGCUGUGCUUUUGAAUGUGUAGCUCAAGUAUACCAUGGAAGACAGGAACACUUGGAAAGUGAGAGUGUAGACCCAAGCAAUCCUUUGGAUCUCUUGGAGCUUUACGGUGCUACUCUAGAUGAUUGUUUGUCAGAUUUGAUCAAGGGUUCUAGUGAGUCUCAGAUAUUGUUGCAUAAGUUGCUGUCGUCACUGAGCCGAUCAACUGAGAAACAUGGUGGCACCCUUGAGAUGAUUAGAUCUGGUGUCUGGGGGAAGUUAAUCAGCUUUUCCGAAAACAUGCAGCUAGAGAGCCAAUUGAGGGUCUAUGCUCUGCAGCUGAUGCAGUGCAUCACUGGUAGAAACCUCAAAACCCUUCCAAAUGAGCUGGUUUUGCAGGUUGAGCCGUGGGAACUGUGGUACGAGCCUGGGACAGGUGCUUCUGUAGCUGACAACAGUAAUAACCCCUCCAGCAGCAUUACGGGAACCCUAGUAGCACUCAGAUCUACUCAGAUGGUCACUACAGUUCUUCCUGAUGCUAACAUCACACCAGAGAACCUGGGGACUCUUGAUUCUGCAGUAUCUUGCUUCUUACACUUGUCAGAAAGUGCUGCUUCUGUUGAGAGUAUUUCUGUUCUGGAGACAGUGUUAGAAGAGUGGGAGCAAUUGUUCUCUUCCAAAGAAGAAUAUGUUCCACCUCAGGAAUCACCAAAAGAAACAAGUGAUUGGAGUGAUGAUUGGGAUGAUGGCUGGGAGGCCCUACCAGAAGAGUUGGAGAGUCCUACGAAAAAGCAUGGUAGCACCUCAUUGUCUGUCGAUCCCCUCCACGGUUGUUGGAUGGAGAUUAUCAGAAAACUAGUUGAGCUUGGUGAACAGCAUAAGAUAGUCGAGCUUCUGGACCGAGCAUCUUCCAGACAUAGCAUGCUCAUUGAGGAUGACGAAGCAAACCGGUUACUUGAACUUGUAUCUGCAAUAGACUCGUUGAUGGCUCUCAAAAUAAUGCUGCUACUCCCUUAUGAAACUACAAGGUUGCGGUGCCUACAGAUGGUUGAGGCGAAAAUGAGGGAAGGAGCAGUGUCUGUCUCAUCAAAUGCUGACGAUCAGGAGCUGCUGGUAUUGGUCUUGUCAUCCGGAGCCCUGCAGAAAAUCAUAACCAAUGUGGAAUACUCAAAACUUUUCUCUCAUAUAUGCCAUCUUGUCGGACAUCUCGCUAGGUCAUCACAGAAGGAUCUCCUUGUACAGUGGAACAAUGAAGUGAAUGCGCCAGAGACGUCUAAGAUAAACAAAUCUCUACUGUUUGCUAAGGUCCUGUUUCCUUGUUUCAUAUCUGAACUUGUGCUCAGGGGCCAAUAUCUACUGGCUGGCCUUGUCAUCUCCAGAUGGAUGCACACCCAUCCAUCUCUUGGCCUGAUGGAUGUUGUGGAGGCCAGCGUGCGAUGGUACCUGGACAGUCAGGUUGCUCAAGCUCAGCAAUUGGGAGGGACUGAUGGUUUUCUUACUGACAAUGGACUAUCUGUAAACCAUGCACUCUCCACACUACGUUCGAACUUGGUUUCUCUUCUGCAAGCUGCGUUGGCAACCCUUCCGAACCAGGAUUUGUAGAUGUCAAGGUUUUUGUGAAUAUUUUAACUCAGCACCGUUGGUGUACUAUCAGUGUAACUGUAACACAAGCCAUUAGCAAGGUCAAUAGUGCAGAGUUUAUUUUUGUAGGAAAAAGAUCAUGCAAAGCUUGAACUAGCAAAUCAGAAUGUUCCAGGAAAGGAAAUACCGUGUUCUUUUACUUGACAAGUUUUUACCUUACAUCUCAUGUGUUUCAUAGGUAGGAUACAAGCUAAAAUUUUCUCUUGAUUCUGGAAUUUUGGCAUGAUAGUUUCAGCAUGCUGAUGAUCAGGCAGACAAGUACCUGGAGCUGGCUGAGGGCUGAAGAAAAGCUCUACGUCGGUUCGGUUUAGUGAUCAAAUUCCCGUGUCAAU